UCUAUCUCCUUCGUUCAAAAGUAACAUGGAGGUUGUGCCGUGAAAUUAGUAGCGAAGUAUAUUUUUCUUUGUUUACGUGUCGAAUCUGUCGAAACUAUAAAAAAAGAACUAGAUUUAGAUUUAUAUUUUAGUGAUUUAUGGAUAGAAGUCAGAGAACGCAAUAUAUCGAAUCGUUGUUGUGAAAUCUGCAUUGAAAUGAAUAACGGUGACAUCGGAGGGUCUAGAAGCAGAGGCCGCGGAUGGCAGCAACCCGAUAAUCAGCCACGGGAGCUCCGUAGGCCAAAGAUCGUUGCAGAGGAAUCCGCUUCCGAGGAAUCAAAAGUUGAACCUUCCAAAUCAAAAUUGUCGGCUGAUGCCAAGGAAUGGUACCCGCCUAACUACACCCGGCAUGUACCAACAUACACACCGGAUCCUGCAUCUUAUAGACCUCAACGGUUCUCUGUGCAAGGUCGGCUUCGUCAAGCUCAGGAUCAAAAUCCCUACAAUUUAGAAGAAAUGUCUUAUUCACUUGAUGAAGCUGAGAAUAUGGAUUUAAGGUCUGCCGUUCCGCAGGAGAACAUAGCCAACCUGAUAACAGUGAUGUGUGAGAUAACAUUUGAUCCUGGCAAGUUUGACACCCUGUGUGGACCUUUGGUUGAUGCCUUUGCAACAACCCUACAUGAUGUGAACUACACUAGACCUCUAGUUGAAGCUAUUGUAAAUCAGUCGAUAGCUGAACCCAACUUCCGUUAUAAUGGAGCAAGACUCUGUUCGAUGUACGAUUCCGUAUCGCCGCCGGAAGAGUCCACCUUCCGCGCAUGUCUGUUGGAGAGGUGUUCCACUGAGGAGAACAAGAUCAUCAGCGGCUUGGAGACAUCAGAGGAGAACAUGCGCGGGUUCGCAAUGUUCCUAGCUGAGAUCUACACGCAACUGGAAGAUAGCCAGGGAGGAAGAAUCAAGACUCUAGGAGAAAGUUUGUGCAAAGUAUUGCUGCAUUUGCUUGACACGGACAAGGAAGUGAACAUCAAAGCUGUCUGUCAACUGCUCAAAUUGUCAGGCAUAGCGCUGGAUGCGGAUUGUCAGUCGGGUAUGCACGCGGCGUUUGAGCGGUUGAAGCGGCGCUCGUCCCUGGCGUGCGUGCGCGGCGUGGUGGAGCUGCGCGCGGCGCGGUGGGGCACGGCGGAGCCCGAGCCCGUGCCCGUGCCGCAGCCAGACUUGCGCCGCCGGUACAACUACCCCGUAGAGAGCGGUCCGAGCGACGGUGGUUAUCUGGCGGAUGGGCACACCCUGACAGCGGAGGAACGAGCCUUCCUGCAGAGCAACCUGCCGCCCGGCAAGAACGUCGCGCUCGACGAGGAUAUACUCGAGGAGCUCGAAAACGACGCGUGGGACACCGGCAUGGACGCUGAAAUGCAGGCUGGCUUCUUGGAGUUCCUCAAGAUGUCUAAUCAAAUCAAACGAUAACCGCACGUCGCGACGCGCCCCUUCCCUCGCGGGGCACAGACCAAAUUGCGUCUACUAUGCUAGGACAAUGGUGAAAAACUAUAAAAAAAAUAUAAAAUAUAUAAAAGUAUAAAAAAGAUUUAAUGGGAGCGAUCAAUUUCGUAGCCAUCUAUCAACGAUUUAAAUGAGAUUGAUGUAAGAGCUUGGCGCGUACGACUACACCGCGUGCGGCCAGAGGUCGCGGCGGUGUCUCAGCACGACAGACUACGCGACUGUUAUCAAUACUCCUGCUAACAGUUUUCCACCUUACCUACUUAAGGGCCACAAACACUUACUUUUAGGUGCUCCAUCGUAGUGAUUUAAGUAUCAGGAUAUGUACCGACUUAAAGCUUUCUUUUUUUAUUUUAGAUACGCUUUUGUGUAUGACCAAACUAGAAUAAUUAAAAAAAACAGUCUUAUAAUUUUUACUUUUAGUGUGAUAUUUUAAUCUUUUGGUCUGUUGUUCCGGAGGGUCUUGUGUUUACGUACAGGCGAAAUACAACGUUUUUUAUUAGAAUAAUGAGUUAUUGAGUAUAUAUAUUGCAUCUUAAAUUGCCCAGUUAUUACAAUUCAAUGUUAUACGUAAACACAUUCGACUUGUAUCACAUGGACUAAAUGUAAACAAGUAUAGGUAACUAAGUGUUUUAUUUAAUGAAAAUGAUGCUGUUGUUUUCUUGUAUUGUUAAGCUGCUAAUAUAUUUUAUAUAUACUAGUUCCCACCACUAAAUUUGACGGCCAUAUGUUAGAGCCAUUUUCUUGUUUACAUUUCGUCUAUUACCUAAUGUUUAGUGAUCUCAUUAUUUCUCCAUAUUUUUUUCUAUUUCAUAUUAUAGAAGAAAACAUUGCAUUAAUUUUGGGGUUUCUUCACAUUUCCUCAAAAAUACAGAAAAUGUUGAAAUAAACCUAAGUAAAAUAAAUAUACCUUCUUUAUGCAAAAAAUAAGGCUAAUUACUUCCAUUCCAUUGUAAGCAAUGCCAACUGGAGAAAAAUGUUACAUAAUAAUAUUGCAUAAGUUAGAAGGCUGAAAUUUUUUUAUUUACUUAAAUGACAUUUUGUCCAUUUUACUGAUGAAUUACUUAUUAUGAUUUAAUGAAAUUAUUAAUUGAUUAACCCACUUUAGGUGGGAUGCAUUCAAAAAUACAAUCAAGACUUGCUUAAUACAUUGUUUGGCACAAAUUUCUUUAGUUUAGAUUAUUAUUCCACUUUGUAUCUAUCAUUAUUUCCAUUCAAUAUGAAUACUGAGUCAUUUGGAACAUUUGACUUGUUUGCAUUUUACAUAAUUUGUCACUUUACUCUUUAAAGAAGAUCUAUGUAAGUAACUAGACUACGACAACUAGCAUUUGAAGUUGUUCUAUUGAUACUUCCAGUUGCAUUUCCUCCUAACUUUUAAUGGUUUAUCGAUGUGGUGUAGAACAAUAUGUUUUGCCAAAUUCGUUACACUAAUGUCGUGUGUUGUAAUUAUAUUUGCCUAUUUGAAGUGAGUGAGAUGGUGUGUCAGUUGCCUUGAGUGUGGAUUUAAACCCGAAUACCUAAUUGCCGAUCGAUAGACUACAGUGAUCUGUAGAGUUAAAUAAUUUACAAAGCAAUAAUAAGCUACCUGCUAAACUAAACCAUUUGUGCUGAUUAUAUUGAACCUUUUUCGAAUAUAUUUAUGGAAUACAACAUUUAUUUAUUUGAAGCAAUUAGGAAAAUGUUUAUAAUAUUCCAUUGUAUUUUUGUUGCAGUGAUAUUAUGGAUGUUAUAAGAAUAAAUGGAUAUUUUAAUAAAAGUCAUUUAAAUAAUA